CUCAGCUUUCCUCUUAUACCGCUUGAACAUAGUAGCGCGCAGAAGCAGAUCGUCUCCUCAACGGGGCAGCAGAUCGCCGCCGCCUUCGCUCCCUUGUCGUCUCCAUAGCCUCCUUCGAUUCAUUGGCCGUCUCUGUCGGCUUCGCCAUCGUCUUAGGAAAUCCAAGCAUUUCAGACCGCCGCAGUGCCUGUUGAAAUUCCUCCUCUCGCACUGACGAACCGCUCAAAGGAAAUCCAUCCGCUGCAAAUAUUGCUCCGGAGUGCUCACGAAGCUAGAAUCCAGCCGUUGAUUUCCCUUUUGGCCUCAAUAUCGCCCAGUUCAGCUUCACCUGAGGUCUUGCCGGCUUAAUCCACCUGAAAAUUUGGGGCUCUCUCAGAUUGGAAGCUUGAGACGCCAAAAACUCAUGGAUCAGCAAAGAAGGUGACAUUUCAGUGUACUGUGAUCGAGAUUAUGAGGAGGAGAUUGUGGGCGUUUCUGGCUGAGGAUGAGACUGAACAUAGGCUUGAUCUUUCUGGUCCGGAAAUAUUUGCCUUUUCAGUAGAUGAUGCAAUCAGUGUAAGUAAUGCAGGUUUUGCAGUGGGUAGGUCUUUGUUAUUAUCAAAGUUGAAAGAAGGAUUGUUGACUAAGCACAUGAGGAGCAAGAAAUUGUUCCCUUGGAGAUUUGGGCUGCAAGGGGAAGGACAGAGUUGAAGUGGAGGAGGAGAUUAAUAUAGUUGAAUAGGAAAGAGCUGUUAGAAAUGAGAAACGCAAGGUUGGUCCUGUCGAUCACGACUUGGUUUUAAGAGCAAUGCCAAGAGCUCUUGAAGUGUCCGAACUUGCCUACUUAGAUAUGACUGAAAGGGUUCUUGAUAGGUACCCAGAGCUUGCCUUGAUGGGUUCUUGCUUGUUGGUUGUUUUGAUGAGGGACGAAGAUGUGUAUGUGAUGAAUAUUGGAGACAGCCGGGCAAUAGUGGGUAGUGGCUCAGUCUAGUUCUGAAGUACCUAUUUCCAGUUCACUUUAUGCUGCUGGAGAGAGCAUUUUAGAAGAUUCAGCUCAAAAUGUGCGUUUGACUGCACUGUAACUAUCAACUGAUCAUAGCACUAGCAUCGAAGAAGAGGUUACUAGAAUCCGGAAUGAACACCCUGAUGAUAGUAACUGCAUUGUUAACGACCGAGUAAAAGGUCGCUUAAAGGUCACUCGAGCUUUUGGGGCAGGCUUCCUGAAACAGCCUAAGUUGAAUGAUGCACUAUUGGAAAUGUUUCGCAAUGAGUAUAUUGGCCAAAUACCUUACAUUUCUUGUAUACCUUCACUGCAUCACCAUAGACUCUGCCCCAAAGACCACUUUUUAGUGCUCUGUUCUGAUGGUUUAUACCAAUAUUUGAGCAAUGAAGAGGUUGUUUCUCAUGUUAAAGAUUUUAUGGAGAAAUGUCCCGAUGGAGAUCCUGCUCAGCACUUGAUUGAGGAACUUUUAUUCCGUGCUGCCAAGAAAGCUGGGAUGGAUUUUUAUGAAUUGCUUGACAUCCCACAAAGAGACCGCAGGAAGUACCACAAUGAUGUUACUGUUAUGGUGGUAUCACUUGAGGGACGAAUUUGGAAAUCAUCAGGAAAAAUCUUUAAGUCUUGCUAUUUGGGCCCAGAAACAAUUGGCACAAUGCUGCAAGCCCGACCCCGGGUUAAAAGAGUGCUAGCAGACCUUUGUUCAGCUCACCAUGUUAGCCACAAUCAUAUGCUCAGGAGGAACACAGGUUCCCUGGUAUUGGUAUCUUCUCUUAGGCUUUGCUGAUGUCCAAUGAAACUAUCUUGGAGCAUUCUAUUUCGUUGACAAUAGUAAUCUUUCCGAUUUUCUAUUUUCGCCAAAGGGAGGUCUUUGAUAUUUACCACCCAAUACUUGGUUUUCACACUUUUACUUUCUAUGCAUAGUUCUUAUCCUGCAAUCAAAACAUGGUUACGGAUCAAAAGCUGCUCUUUCGUCUUUCCUCCUAGCUGUUCUUCAAGUGGCUCUAGACCUCUUUCGGGAGGUUUGCAUUAGUAAUUAUGGGAACACUUUUCUUCGCAUUGAGUAAUGUUGGUGAGGUUGAAUCCAACUCCUCUUGGUUGCCUCAUAAUUAUAGGGAAAUAUUAGUAUUUUGAUGACUAUUUAAAGCCUCAAAUCUGUAUAUGAGACAAGAGUUUUGUGUGAAGCAAGAUCUCAUUGAAGUUAUCUGGGGAGUUUUGGCUGGGGUCAGUCACAUUGCUAUCCAAUUUCCUGCAUAUGAGCAAAUCAAACCUGAUUUUGCAAAAAGGGGAAAUUUUCCAGAUGCAAGUGUACCAGUGAUCUAGGAGCUGGAGAAGUUACAGUUGCCUCUUCAUUGGCCAAAAUAGUUGCCUCUGUAAUGACAAGUGUACCAGAGAUCUAGUAGCUUUUUGUUCUUUAUUAUUUUUUGUUGCGGGGUAUGCCCCUUUUAAUAAUGUAGUAUGUACAUUCACAUGUAUGUGAGAAUUUCAGAUAUAAUAAAAAUGUUUGAAAUUUUGGUUAUUUAUUAGUAUUAAAUUGUGUGUGUACUGCAAUCA